AUGCCAAUUGCAAAUGGUCACAGAAGUACUAUUCAUAUUUCAGAUACGGACAAACGGAUAGCUCUCUUAACCAAACCUUUCUUGGCGGAACUACCAAAGGACAACCGUUUGAGAACAAAGGAAUGCUACAUGACACUUUGCAGAGAUAACCUUCUAGUGGCUCCUCCGAAACAACCUUUAAACUCACCUAAACAGAUUCCUUCUGGAGCCAUGAAAAGUGACUCUUCUUCAGAUGAAGAGGGGCCUAAUCUCAUCAUUGAUGACAUUCCUGUUUGUGAAGCUUCAGUUUCUUUUAAGUGA